AUGACCAAGGAAGCCACAGCCCAGCGUUACGGGAAUGUUACUUUGGGUUCUUCAAUAACUGCAAACAAAGCAAAUUCCAGUUGGGUGUCACCUUCUGGAGAAUUUGCUUUUGGCUUCCAGCAGAUCAUUCCAGGAGGCUACUUACUGGCCAUCUGGUUCAACAAAAUACCUGAAAGAACUGUUGUUUGGUCUGCCAAUCGAGAUAAUCUCGUCCAAGAAGGAUCAAAAGUUCAACUAUAUGCAGAUGGAAAGUUUGAACUGACUGAUCCUAGUGGCCAUCGGAUAUGGGCCACUACGAUAUCUCAUGAUCGAGUGGCCUAUGGAGCCAUGCUUGACACUGGUAAUUUUGUGUUAGCUAACAAUAAUUCAGUUGUUUUGUGGCAGAGUUUCGAUGAGCCGACUGAUACAUUAUUACCAACACAGACACUGAAUAAAGAUGGGAAACUUGUUUCCAGCUUUUCUAAAACAAAUUAUUCAAGAGGGAGAUUCCUCUUCACAUUACAAACUGAUGGAAAUCUUGUGUCUUACACCAGAAAUUUCCCCUUGGACGACGUGAUUUUUGCUUAUUGGUCAACACAAACUGUUGGUAGUGGCUUCAAGCUGAUCUUCAACCGGGUUGGUUACAUCUUUCUGGUUGCUGAAAAUGGAACUAUACUCAAUUAUUUGUCUUCAAAUAAGGCCUUGACUAGUGAAUUUUACCAGAGAACAAUAUUGGAAUAUGACGGGGUUCUCAGGCAUUAUGUCUACCCUAAGCCUUACAAUUCAGUAGGUUCAAGAGCGAUGGCGUGGUCUACUCUAAAUUUCAUACCUUCGAAUAUAUGCUUGCGCAUAACACAAGAUACUGGCAGCGGUGCCUGUGGUUUUAACAGUAUCUGCUCUUUGGGAGCUGAUCAAAUUCCAAAGUGUGACUGCCCUUUUGGUUACUCUUGUAAAGAUUUUUAA